AUGGUGGCACGCAUUGACAAAUGGCGGACCACAUUUCAUCCCAAACUGUUCGAAAGGCGGUUGAAGGCUGCGGAAGAAAGAGUUCAUUCAUACAAAAAUACGAAUGCCUUCAUAUCAGAACCAAAAUUGACCCCGCCAGAGGACAACGAUAUAGGCUUGCCCCUCCACAACUCAGGCAAUUAUCAUAAACUACUACCUCGUGCAUCGCGGAUUUUCGCUGUAAAAGAUAAUAUAGCCACUAUUUCAGAGCCAACAACAUGCGCAUCUCGUACUCUCGAACGAUACCGGAGUCCAUUCGACGCUUCUGUGGUAGAAAGUAUUAAAUCUCGUCAUGGACAUAUCGUGGGAAAGACGAAUAUGGAUGAGUUUGGAAUGGGGUCGCAUUCGUUGAAUUCACAUUUCGGUGCUGUGCGUCACCAUAAGCCUUUCAGACUGAGAUCCGUGGGAGGAAGCUCUGGUGGAAGUGCAAUAGCUGUGGCAACGAGUACGACUAAUCUUGCACUGGGCACAGAUACUGGUGGAUCGGUCAGAUUGCCAGCUGCUUAUACAGGAACCGCAGGGUUUAAACCUUCGUAUGGCAUUGUAUCUCGCUUUGGCGUAGUGCCUUACGCUAAUUCACUGGAUACCGUUGGCUUAAUAGCACGCAGUUCAAUUCGAAUUCGCGAUGUUUUUCCCGUAAUGAGCAAUCAUGAUCCUCGGGAUCCUACGAGUCUCAAGUCCUCCAGUCGAGCCCGUAUCAAAGAAAGACGAAUGGAAUUCAUUCGAAAAACAAAAACAUCUUCCCCACAUGAUUCUUUCUACCUCCGAGAGCUGAAAAUUGGAGUUCCAAUCGAAUACAACAUUUCUGAAUUGGACCUAGAAGUUUCAUGGGCGUGGCAACGAAUGUUAACACUUCUUCAGCGUCAAGGAUGCACGAUUAUUCCAAUAUCACUUCCCAACACCAAACAUGCUCUAUCGGCAUAUUACUUACUUGCCGCCGCCGAAGCAUCUUCCAAUCUUUCAAAAUAUGAUGGGGUAAGGUACGGCACUCGAGAGAAGUCAAGUGAUGGGGCCGGAGAUGUCCUCUAUUCUGAGACCAGGGGUGCUGGCUUUGGCGACGAAGUGAAGAGACGAAUUCUUCUUGGGUCAUACUCAUUAAGCUCCGAGGCCACUGAGAAUUACUUCAUCAAAGCACAAAAAGUUCGACGAUUGAUACAGAGAGAUUUUGAUCGUGUCUUCUCCAUGCCAAAUUAUCUACAUCCAGAAGAACAAUUUGAUCUUAGUGACAUGGAAGAAGGCAUUGCUCUCGAGGAUAAAUUGGGCCCUGCAGAAGUAGAUAUUAUUCUCUGUCCAACAGCUCCUACUCUUUCCCCUAUCGUUGAAGAUAUAACUAAGCGCCAAACAUCGGUUGAUGCUUACGUGAAUGAUAUAUUUACAGUACCUGCCAGUCUUGCAGGUAUACCCUCCAUAAGCAUACCAUGUACAUUGCCAUGGAAAUUCAACAAGCAAAGCAGACCUUCGACUGCUGGCAUACAAAUUAUGGGCCAGCACUCAGACGAUGGUCGCGUCUUACAGAUUGCCUCUAUGAUAGAAAUGGUGUGGGUUUCUCAUAUACUCGAUGGGUGGAGCAUGGACUUCAAGAAAUGGCAGGUAAUGGACUUGGAAGCUUCGGACGCAGAGAUAUCAGCCUUGACGACAGAAGUGAGGAAUGCGGAGGCGGACAAAGCAGAAGGGAAGGGGACAGAGUCGAAAGGGACAGAAUUCUCUUGGGUAGAUACCGCUUCUGAGAAGGUGCUUAUGCUCAGAGAAAAGCGCACCGAGAAGCGAAGGCUGCGCUUCUCAAAAGAAAGGAAGUAUAAAAGAGAAGUUUGUGAAGAAAACAUGGAUAAAUGGGAAAAAUUGAGGUUUGGGGACGAGAGCUCAACUCAAACAGCAAGACAUGUAUAG